AUUUGCUCUUGGUCGAGGUAGAUCAUAUGCUAACGCAGGUUUUGUAAAAUAAGGCUCCUCUUCAUCUUGAGAACCUUGAAGUUGUAAUUUAUUUUCUGGCUUUUUGUCGAACGUAAAUGCUUGUCCUUCUUUCGAAGGCGAUGCCGGGGCUGUUUCGCCUAAUUUCUGACGCUCCCGUGGGGCUCCACCACUUCCUGCAUUACCCAUUUUUAUAAAAUUAACUCAUUUUCUGAUUCCAAAAUCCAAAACAGUAUUUACAUCUCCACGUUCAGUGUCAGUAUUCAGUCACGAUUUUUGACUUGGACACUUUUGACAAAUGACAGUUGAAACAUUUUUUGAUGACUAACCUUUGAAAUCAAAGGUGCUUUUUGCAAAAUAAAUUAUAUUUAAAUGCCUUUGUCAACAUUCUAUUUUAAGUUUUAAAAGUUUACCGAUUUAUUUUUUGGAUUUUUGAUCAGUUUGUGUUCUUUUAACUUUAAUUAAUGGAAUUAUUUUUUCAAUAAACGCUUCAAAAAUAUGCCUUAUUUUUUUCAAAUUCUAGUGAUGGGAAGACCCGGUUCAUCUUGACGACCCGGGUCAGACAAGGUCAAUCAUUUGAAUGACCCGUUCACAAAGAUUCGUUCAUAUGAACGAUAUGAUCAGUGAAUAAGAAUUUAUACAUCGCCUAUGAUUUGCACAGUACGCGCUGAUGGUAAGUCUGUGAUGGUAAGACUCUGUCGGCUCUUUUUAUGAACCGGAUCAUAAUGGUUACAGUCUCGUCUCAUCUCAGUUUAUUGUUAAACAUUCGUAAUUCGUAACAGAUAUAGAUGGAUACAGAUUUAUGAUUAUGACUAUGACUAUAUUAUAUUAUGAAGCCUUGGUACUUUUUACUUCUUUCUCGUUUCAGUGUUUAAUCGAUCGCGAUCACGAAUCACUACCACGUCAUCACGAUCAUCGUUCACUACAUUACAUUUUCAGUCAUUCAUUAUAUUCUGUUCAGUCACCAAUCAACCGGUGAAAAAACAGCUCUUCAAUACAUAAGCACAUUAAAAAUCUCAUAAAUAAACAGGGUCAUAUGAACGAUAGGGUCACGAAGAGUGAUUGAAUCGAUCACGGGUCUUCGGGAUGAUUCGUUCUUUUUGAACGGGUCGUUCAUGAACGACACAUCGCUAUCAAAUUCACUUUCAUAAAAUUGUUAUGUUAUGAUAAUUUUGUUUUAUACAGGUACUUUAUAAAAAAAAUAUGGUUUUAAAUGAUAUAAAAUGGAAAAUCUAUUAACAUGUGGUGACCUUGCACAUUAAUCAGUUUGUGGAGGGUUUCAAAGUUCUAAAAUAAAAGUGAAGGCUUUUUUAUUCAUAUCAAAUGAUAAAAAAUGUUGAUGCUAGGCUAGGAGUUAUGAAAUGAGUGCCUACUUUUAAAUUGAGCAAUUAAAUUAUCUAUUUGAUUGUUAAAUUACAAUAUAACAGCCAACUUAUAAAUUAAACGUUUAUGGUAUAAAUAAUUGAAGAAAAUGGAAACAAAUACUAAAAAAAUUGAUGAAAUUAGUAUACCUGUACCCUGGGGCCAUGUAGCAGCAAGAACCUGGGGUGAAGCACAAGAUCCUCUGAUUGUAUGCGUUCAUGGUAUAAUGGACAAUGCUGGUACCUUCAACCGCUUAAUACCCUACUUACCAAAUUCAUUUUACUACGUAUGUAUAGAUUUACCAGGACACGGCAGAUCUUCACAUUUCCCUCCCCAUUUACCUAUACAUACCAUAAACUAUGUUCUAGUCUACAGGAUAAUCUUCAAAUAUUUCCAGAAGAAGUUUAUAAUAAUGGCUCACAGUUACGGAGGACAGAUAGGUUUUAUAUUUGCUCAGCUCUAUCCAGAAUGCAUUGAGAAACUGAUUAUGCUCGACACUAUAAUUACGUUUCCAAUAGCGGUAAAGAAUUUUAAGCAUUACCUGUCGAGAUCAGUAGAUGCGCAUAUAAAUAUAGAGAAAAAAUUGUUAGAAAAAAAGAAACCGCCAAGUUACACCCAUGAAGAAGCUUUAGAUAGGUUAUGGAACGGAAGAAGUUAUGCACCUAUAAAACUAGAAGCAGCGAAGGCUCUAUUGGAAAGAGCUAUAGCUCCCACGGAGGACGGAAAAUUCAUAUUUACAGUGGAUCAAAGAUUGAAGAAUGCCAUAAACCCUCUAAGAGAUAUUAGAUGCACGAUAGAAAUGUUAAAAGUUCAUCCAGUACGUUGUCCAGUUCUUAUAGUUUUGGGCUCAGAAUCCACAGCCCAACAGGUCUUUUUGAGUUCGAUUAUCCAAUUUUUAAAAAGGAGAAGAAACGUCAGAAUAAAAUACGCCGAAGGAAAUCACGACGUCCACAAUGAUAGUCCAGAGUUAGUGGCACCGUAUGUCGUCAAGUUUUUAUUGUACCAAAAAAAUAAAUUAUAGAUACCUAUA